AUGGCGGCAGCGGGAGAAGCGAUCGCGGAAGCGAUCGCGCGAGGCGACGGCGCCGCUGGAACGACCGAGGACGCGAUCAAGGCGGCGAUGGAGUGCCCGUGCGUCGCGGACCUGAAGAACAGCGCGUGCGGGGAGGCGUUCGCGGGCGCGCUCGGCUGUUUCAUGAGCGCGGACGCGGAGGAAAGGGGGAGCAAGUGCGUGAAGGAGUUCGUCGCCAUGCACGCGUGCAUGGUAGAGAACUCGAAAGAGUUCGAGGCGUUCACCGCGGAGCUCGUCGAGGCGAAGGAGCGGCGGUGA